AUGGCAAAUUCAAAAUAUGAAUAUGUUAAAUCAUUUGAACAACCAGAUAUAUUAUUACAAAAUGUUUGGAUUGUAGUACGUAUUGAUGGUAGAUCAUUUCACAAAUUUACAACUAAACAUGAUUAUGCAAAACCAAAUGAUGAUAGAGGUUUAUCAUUAAUGAAUAGAGCCGCUCUUGAAGUUUGUAAAGAAUUUCCUGAUAUCGUUAUAGCAUUUGGUGAAAGUGAUGAAUAUAGUUUUGUUUUAAAAAAGAGUUGUAAUUUAUUUGAAAGAAGAUCUAGUAAAAUUUCAUCAUCAAUUGUAUCAUAUUUUACAAGCCAAUUUGUUUAUAGAUGGAAGGAAUAUUUUGGAGAACAUGAAUUAAAAUAUCCUCCAACUUUUGAUUCAAGAUGUGUUCUUUAUCCAACUGAUGAAAAUAUAAAAGAUUAUCUUAGUUGGAGACAAGCAGAUACACAUAUAAAUAAUUUAUAUAAUACAUGUUAUUGGGCAUUAGUAUUAAAAGCAGGCAAAACACCAAUUGAAGCAGAGAAUGAAUUAAGAGGUACUUUUUCAGAUGGUAAAAAUGAAAUGUUAUUCUCAAGAUUUAAUAUAAAUUAUAAUAAUUUACCAGCAGAAUAUAGGAAGGGUUCUGUUAUCUUUAAGAAACCAGUACAAGAAACUAAUAAAGAAACUGGCUUAACAAAAUCAAAAAAGAGAUUAGUUAUUGAACAUGUUGACAUUAUUUCUGAAAAAUUUUGGAAAGAAUACCCUGAUAUUUUAGCUUCAAAAUAA